CUCUCUCUAGUUCUUUGUUGGUUCUCGGUAAACGAGUCGGAGUGAGACCUCUUGCUCAGUUUACUCAUCUGUGCCGUUCUGCUCCUCUCCGUCUCCUCCGCUAGCUUAGCCUGCUAGCUAGCACACAGGUAAACAUGGCCAUGUCGCAGGCUUUGUCAGAGGAGGAGUUUCAUCGGAUGCAGGCUCAGCUGCUGGAGCUGCGGACUCAGAACUACCAGCUGUCUGAUGAUCUCAGGAAGAACACGACAGAGCUGAACGCCGUCCGUCAGAAGAAUGUGGUUCUGGAGAGAGAUUUCAUCAAAGCACAGAAGGCUUUGAAUAAAAGCAAGAAAGCUCAGGAGGUGGAGGCGUUGCUGAGUGAGAACGAGAUGCUUCAGGGGAAACUUCACAGUCAGGAGGAAGACUUCAGACUACAGAACAGCACGCUGAUGACUGAACUCUCAAAGCUGUGUACGCAGAUCGAGCAGCUGGAGCAGGAGAACCAGGGUCUGAAGGAAGGAGGAGGAGCCUCUGCAUCCAGCCCUGCCCCCAACUCCACCUCCAUCCCCGUGGAUGGAGAGCUGCUCCGCUUGCAGGCUGAAAACUCCACCCUUCAGAAGAAGAUGAAAGCUCUCCAGGAGCACCAUGACAAAGAGCUCCAGAGACAGGCGGCCGCACAUGGCGCCAAUACAGAGACGGACGGGUCAGCCGGCGCCAACGGAGUGUCUGAUGUCACAGGGAGAGGGGAGGAGCCAGCAGCAGAGGGAACCAGUGACAGGACAGAACAGACGUCGGCUCAGCCGGAGUGCACAGACAAACAGCUGCACGGCCUGUCAGAGAAGAGCGUAGAGAAGAUUGUAGGUAAGCAGGCAGCGCUAGGCUGGUCGGCUGCUCUCUGUCCAAUAACUCACUGCUUUGGACCAGAGCUGGAGAUGGCACUGAACACGGAGCAGGAGGAGAAGAGGCUGCUGAGGGAGCAGGUCCACAACCUGGAGACGUCCAAACAGGCAGAAAUCACCAAACUGCAGGAAGAGAUCACGAAGCUGUCUGACAAGUUAAAGAAGAAACAGGAGAGUUUUCAGCGUCUGCAGGGAGAGAAGGAGGCUCUGUACAACGACAGCAGAACAAAGAUCGAUGAGAUCAACCAAAAAAAAGAGGAGGAGCUGAAAGCCAUGAACCUCCGCGUCCAGAAACUACAGUCAGACCACAUGUCAGCCAAUCAGAUGACGGCGGAGCUGAGAGAGCAGCUGCAGAGCAAAGACAAAGAACAUGAAGUGGCUCUGCACAGCCUGAGAGACCAGGUAGCCAGUCAGAGUGUCAGUCAGGAACAGGUGGACAACAUCCUGCAGGAGAACGAUGCUCUGAGGACAAACCUAGCUGCUCUAGAACAGAUCCAGACGGUGAAGACGCAGGAGAUGAACCUGCUACGUGAACAGCAGGAGGCGCUGACGUCCGAGCUGCAGCAGAGACGAGUCGAGCAGGAGAGUCUGUUAGCGCAGAGAGACGACCUCAACUCCCAGCUGCAGGAGUCGAGUUUUGCAAACAGGAAGUUGUUGGAGCAGCUGACGGACGAAGGACAGGAGAAGGACAAACUGCUGAGAGAGCUGGACGAGGCCAAGAAGACAGCAGAGAAGAGGAAGGCCAUGUUGGACGACAUGGCGAUCCAGCUGAGCCAGGAGAAGUCUGACCACAAGGAGGCGCUGUCAGACCUCAAACUGCAGCACGAGAAGGAGGUUCUCGGGGUGAGGGCUCGAUAUGAGAAGGAGCUCCGAGGUCUCCAUGAAGACAAGAACCGGUCGGAGGAGGAGAUCAGACAGCAGCUCAGAGAUGAAAAGGCUCGUACGAAGGAGUUGGAGGGUCUCCAGCAGCGGGUGGAGGAGCUGCAGGCUCAGGUUCUGUCCAUGGAGGGAACCAAAGGAUGGUUUGAGAGGAGACUGAAAGAGGCCGAGGAGAACAUCGAGAAAAAGUCUCUGGAACAUCAGGAGGAGUUUGAGCGCCUGAAGAAGGAACACACACUCCAGCUCGAGGAGAAGCAGUCUCAGACAGAGGGAGUGCAGCAGCAGCUGGUGGAGGUCGAGAAACAGAAAGAAGAACACAACGACACCAUCGCUAAACUGAAACAGGAGAUUAAAGACACCGUGGACGGACAGAGAAUCCUGGAGAAGAAGGGAAGUGCAGCGCUAAAGGAUCUGAAGCGGCAGCUACAGCUGGAGAGGAAGCGAGCUGACAAGCUGCAGGAGAGACUCCAGGAGAUACUGACCAACAGCAAGACCAGGACAGGUCUGGAGGAGCUGGUGCUCUCAGAGAUCAACAGUCCCAGCCGGACUCAGCAGACCGGAGACUCGUCCUCCGUCUCCUCCUUCUCCUACAGAGACAUGAUGAAGGAGUCCCAGCCGACCAAUCAGAACAAGUCCGGAGGAGGAAGCCCUCAGUCUCAGCGCCCGGCUGAACUCUCCGAUGACGAGGUCGGGGAGUUAUUCCAGCGACUCGCCGAGGUUCAGCAGGAGAAAUGGAUGCUGGAGGAGAAGGUGAAACACCUGGAGGUGAGCUGCUCGUCGAUGGCCGAGGACAUCUGCAGGAAGAGCGCCAUCAUAGAGACCUACGUGAUGGACAGCCGCAUAGACGUGUCGGGCAGUGCGGUCGGGGGUCACGGGGGUCACGGAGGCUCUCAGGGCGACAGAGGAGGUCUGGGCUCGGUCCUCAGAGAUCUGGUGAAACCAGGAGACGAGAAUCUGAGAGAGAUGAACAAGAAGCUGCAGAACAUGCUGGAAGAACAGCUGACCAAGAACAUGCACCUGCAGAAGGAUCUGGAGGUUUUAUCCCAGGAAUUAGUCCGUCUCAGUAAGGAGAGUCCUGGUGGAAGUACAGCCGGGUCGGGAUGAGGCUAUCACCUGGACCCACCAGUCCAUACCACCUCUGCACAGCUGGAAAGAGUGGGCUGGGCUCUGACUAACACCUGGAAUCUGCAUCUCUUCCAUUCCUCUUCCCUGCGUUCAUGAACCUAAAGCGUGCCGUGGGCUCCAACUAACGUCUGGAGCCGUUGUGAUAUCACCACCUCAGUCCACCCGCUGGGCUAUGACUAAAUGCUGGAUUCUGUCCAUCUUUUGUUUUUCUGAAUGUCGAGGGAAAUACGAGUUUUUAAGGAGUAGAAGAAGAAACAAGACGACCAAACGUGAUGGAAAGCUCAGCUUAUUUAUGUUGCUAUUGAAUGUACUGUAAUUAGACUGCACUGUUUGGUCCUGGCUAUUUCCUGGAAUACACAAGCGAUCUAUGUUACCCGACUGACUUGUUGCUCUCUGUGUUCAGUAACUCUGUCGUGAUCUGGCUAUUUCCUGGACUCUCUUUCACAGCUGAUGUCUUUCAAAACUCACUGAAGAAACAUCUCAAAGUCAGCUGACAUGUUUUUUAACCUCUGAAGCUUUCAGCCACAUCUCGUGACUUUGUUGCUAAGGCGACAAAUAAACUGUCUCCAGUCAGGCGCCGUUCCAAAAGUCAAACGGUUUUUGCAGCGGCCGAAGACGGCGGACGCCGAGUGCUGUCAGAAUUCAGUUUCUGAAGGUUUCAGAGUUUAUAUUUACAGAGCAGGCGAUAGACUGACCCGGAAAACGAUGAAUUCUUUAAAAGUCAAAACGGACGUAGCAUGAGAAGAAAGACGAUAAUGUUCCUCUGAGUUCAGAGCCAAUCACCUUCAGGUACAGCGUGAAAACAAACACAUGACAUCAUCACUUUAUCCGCUCGUCAGCGUUGAGACUCUCUGCAUGUCGCAUCAGAAACAAAUCAUAACAAAUCAUCGUCUCAGUAAAAAUCUGAUUAUUUUGGGUCCGCAGCGCUCGGACAGAUUUCAGCCACCAGGAUGCUAACGGUCAGAUAGCGUUUGAUCAGAACUUGUAGACGCUCCGAUAUGAACUUCAGUGAAAGCGAGCUAACCAUUUAGCAUAUUUCUGGGUUUGCUAAGUUAAGUCGAGCAGCUUAGCAAACAUUCAAGUUAGCUCGCUGCAUUAGCCCGUGCAGCGCGCACCAGAGAGCGUGACUGAAGACAUCAGAGCCUCGUACCUUAUCUGCGAGUUUCUGUGGCUACUGUUUGAGCUAACGUUACGAAACAACGCAGAAAACGUUCUGAUUAAAUAUUAAAAUAAAAAAUUAACUUAAUUUAACCUUCUCUCAAGCUAACGGAGAAGACUCCCUAAUAAACGUCUCUACAGAGAAACAUCGACGUGUUCCUGUAAACAUCAGAGAAGUUCAACUUCCUGCUUCUGACGCUCCAAACUCCAGAAACAUUUCAAAUAUUUCAUCAACAAUUUAUUCACAAACAUAAAAUUGUUUAAUUAAGUCGGCCCUGGCUACGUCAUGGAGCACAAACAGUCUGACUUUUGUGUGUUUCCUUGUCCGGCCGUGGUUAUUUCCUGGACUUCACGCCUUUCUGUCUUAACUUUUUUCUGAUUUCUGCGUCUUUACUUUUCGCCGCCUGGUUGAGAUUUUGUGUUUUUAUUUAUUACUUUCAAAGACAUUUUGUCGACCUCUCGUCCAGAUAUUAUAAAACUUCUUGUCUUCUUGUUUCGAGGUUUUCUCCGACAGAAAACGUCGUGAGUUUAUCGGUUUGUUGAGAUGUUUUAAUGCAUGAAAACGCGACGUGUGAGGAACAUGUUUUAAAGAUUUAUUUUCUGUCUCGAUGAAAUCUAAACGAUUGUGUGUCGCUUUGCUUUUCUGAUAAUGCUACUCGUUAAUCUGCUGGGCUGCGUCUAAAUCCUGGAUCACAUGACUGUAAUUUGUCCUGCACUUUUUAAUUUGUUGUGACUCCUCCCCCCUCCCCGUGUUGGGGAAACCAAACGAUGCAGGAACAAAGAAAAGUGAAACUGCGACUGAGCUCUUUAAUAUUCCCACCGGGCUGGGUCUACUUCCUGCUUCUAACAACAUAUCUUUACGUUUUUUUGAAAAUUAUCUUAAAUCUGUUUCCUGUGAUUAUGUAAAAAGAGAAAUGUAUGAAGUUUAACUCUCUGACAGGAUGUGGUCGACGCACUUCCUGUCUGCUCUGCCUUUGUUUCUCCUUUUUGGAGACUGACUAUAUCCUGGAGUGAGCUUCUGCUACAAGUGUUUCUUGGUGACUGGGAUGUGACUAUAUCCUGGAUGUUAUGCUUGUAGCAGAGUGUUUUAUGUCGUACCUGCCUGCCUGUACACUGCAAAAAAGAGAAGUCUUGUUUUACAGUGCGUCUUUAAGCAAAGACGAGUCGUUCAACCAAACUUCAGGAUGUUAUUUACGUCACUUAGCAACAGAGGUGACGUGUAGGAAAUAUUAACGUGACUGUAAAAAAACUAAUGUUUGAUUUAACGAGAGAAAAGUCCCGAAGAUGAUCGAGCUGCACUGUAAAAAUAAACACGCACUGCGGGGUCGGUCUAUGUGCUGGGCAGACGCCGGGCCGGUUGCUUUGUUUUGUUUUUGUUUGUUUGUAAUGUUUGAGUCUGUAUAUAUUCACACGCUGUCACAUGACUUCUAACUGUAUGAAGAAUCAACUGAUCUAUUUAUGAGACGGAUAUCGAUCAUGACGCUAAUUAUUGUAACGACGAGAAAAAUAUAAAAUACUG